AUGGGUGUGCAGAUCGAAGCCUUGAAGAAAGGCAAGGCGGUGUACAAGCCUAUCUACAACCAUGACACUGGCAACAAGGACUGGGAUCCUCCUGAGCUCAUUGAGCCCAACAAGAUCAUGGUCUUCGAGGGACUGCACCCCAUCUAUGACGAGAAGGCACCG